UGAAUGACGUCAUGUUACAGAUGACAAAAUGGCUUCUACAGGAGAACUUACACUCGACAGAGAUGUCAACCGUGCGGUUCAGUUACUGCAAAAUCUCCAGCAACAGUCUGGCUUGCCUACACAGAAGCUGAUUGCUUUACAGGCCAUCUUAGAAAGCGAUUUCUUCAACGCUGUGAGGGAAGUGUAUGAACAUGUCCAUGAGACAGUAGACAUACAAGGAGAUCCUGAGGUCAGAGCUAAUGCUACAGCUAAGGCUACCGUAGCAGCCUUUGCAGCUAGCGAGGGCCACGCCCACCCAAGGGUCGUUGAACUCCCUAAGACGGAUGAAGGUUUAGGGUUCAAUGUGAUGGGAGGCAGAGAGCAGAACUCACCCAUCUAUAUCUCAAGGAUCAUCCCUGGGGGUGUAGCCCAUCGACACGGGGGCCUGAAGAGGGGUGACCAGCUACUCUCGGUCAAUGGUGUGUCUGUAGAGGGCGAGCAGCAUGAGAAGGCUGUGGAGCUCCUGAAGUCCGCCUCAGAGAGAGUCAAGCUUGUUGUGAGAUAUACACCCAAGGUGCUCGAAGAGAUGGAGACAAGAUUUGAUCGACAGAGGGCAGCGCGUCGGCGACAGAUGUCACCGGAAUGAACACACUACCCCCCUAUUGACUUUCAUGUAGUUGUAUCGGAAGCAGAAUUUCAUGCAAUGUUCCUUGCCUAUAAAACCAACAACUGGACUCAAUAUUCAGCGUGUGAAGCGACUAUAUACUGCUACAAGCUGCCAUCUAUGUAUUACGUAUUGAACCUGCAUUUCCUAAUGUGCUUGUAUACAUUGGGUGAUGCUGGUUCAACAGGGGUCAAAGGUCAUCAUCUCUGUUAGGAUGUCCAUUUCCUGUGGAGCAACUCAUCCUCUUACGUGUGCUUUGGUCCCUCCCUCUCUCGCCCUUCCACUGACAAACCAAUGGAAACCACUUGCAUUAUAUAUAUAUCCAAUGGAAGUGCUUAUGAGGUGGACCCAAAACUGGACUAAAGUCAGUGUAAUUUUUUGGCUAAAAUCUGGAAUUGUUAACUACUUAAAAAGAUACUGUAAUCUUACUUACCAUAUCUAUGUAUUUCUUUGAAAUGAAGCUUUAAAAAUUUAUCUAAUCAUCUAGAUGUAAAGUAAAUCAUGUAAUACUAAGCCCAAUUAAAAUCACAUCUUUAAUCUAUAUGGAAAUUGUGUGAUAUACCAACUUGAACUUUUAUCCAAGACAAACAAGUACGUUCGACUGCAGCUCAAAAAGCCUUAUUUUCAAGUAGUUGCCAAAUGUUUCCAUGGUGGAUUUUAAAAGUGUGCAUUUGCAAUGGCUGUCUCGUCAGUAGUUGUUAGUUUUGCUAAAGAUAGUUUUAGAGCACAAACAAUGUACCAAUAUUCUCUUGUUUUUAACUGUAUGCCAACAUUACCUUUUUAAGAAGCAAUUUGUAUCAUUCAAUAACCAUCUUAAAUGUAUUUUAUAAGAAUCUCAAAGUGUUGCUUCACAAGCUAAGUGUUUGCUAUUUAUAACUAGUAUAUAACUCUAUAUUAUACUGCCUUCCUACUUAUUAAUUACCUGACAACAAUUGUAUAAAUCUGUCAUAAUUAUUGCUUGCAUACUAAGCUUAACUUCGCUGUCACCUUUUUCCUAAGGACGCUGGCUACACAAACAUAUUCAAACCAUUUUAUCCUAUCUUGAGCAAUUCUAUAUGCCUUCUGGAAGGUGCUGCAUACGGUGAACAAAAACGAAUCUAAUGUUGGGUUUCAUUUUUCUGUCUUGGAUUAAACAGAAUAAACAGGAAGGACUUUAAAAGAUACCGGUUCUAAAGGAACAGCCCCAAGAAAUUGCUUGGGUUAUCAGUUUUGGAUUUUAAAAUCAUCUUUCAUUUUGGCGUUUGAAUUUGUCCCUCAUUAGCAUACCGAAUACAUAUCAAAUGAAUUGUGUUUGAUCUGAGAAUUGCGUUUGAAGAUUUGAAACAUGUAUCAAGUAUUCAUCUAUACCUUUCAAGUAAUAUAUAGAGAGAAAGAGAUAAUUGAUCAUAUAUAUUGGAAGAUUUUCAUACAUUUUGUAACGGUGAAGAAAAAUUGCCAAUCAUUUGUAAAUAUAGAAGAGUGUAAUGCGAUAUGUAUAACGGUAGCUUCAUAUUAUUAAUAUUAUUCUCAAUGAACAUAGGAAAUGUAAAUUUUUAGAUAUUCUGAUAGUUUACUGUAUAAUGGAAUGAAGGCACUGUGCUCGGGGUAAGUAGAUUGAUAGACUGAAAGAGAAGUCAAAUUUGCCAAAAU